AUGUCUCGUGAAUAUCCAGAUAUGUGCGUUGAUGAACAUCAAUUGUUCGGAACUUUAACAGGUUUAACAUCUGGUCUUCUUCUAUCCUCGUUAGCUGUCAACAACCAUAAAAUGGAACGCUAUCCGUAUCGAAAAUUGAUAGUACCUUUUGGAGAAUUACGUAGUGAAAAGACAUUCAACAUCGAUCAUCAAACUGUUAUUAUACAACGAUCAUCGUCAGUAUCUUUUCUUCAUCAAUAUUUUGUUUUUAUUUUAAAUGAUCGAUUAAAAAUUUUACAAUCGAUUGAUAGUUCCACUGGUUGGCUUUAUUUAGCAUUCUUACAUACAAUGACAUCUCAUCCUUUACCAGAUCAGUAUACUGGAAUGACUGGAAUGGAACGGGCUUUUCAAUUAUUACAUUCAGCUGGUUGUUGGUCAGAUCAACCAUUUGAUUUUCUUUCUCUAAAUAUAUUGAGUCAAAUUGCUGACAUAUCACCAAAAGUAGAUUACUAUCCAGAACAUCUAACUCGUAUGGCAAAAAUAGAUUGGAAUAAUAAUGGUAUACCUUAUUCCAUGCAACAUUUCGGAUACUAUUUGAUAGCAAAACAACUAAUUGAAACAACCCAACAGUUGGGGUUCAUGUAUUCAUCAUCCAUUUGUACUAAGAUGCCUGAGAUAUUUGAAAACAAAUUGUACAAUGAAUCAUUGUUAAAAAUACUUUAUUGGAAUUAUCGAGACUCGUACAAUCCUAUUGCUAGGCUACCCACAGAGAUAGAAGAAAAUAUCUUGUGCUCAUUACACGCAACACCAUAUCAAACAGCUCCAAAUUAUUGUUCACAUGCAAUUAAUCACACCAUUGUUCGACCUAUUGAUGAUCUGUACAAGAAAGGAAAUGUUAACCUUAAAGACUGUUCUCGGCAACAUUGGUUACCCUUGUCCCAAUGGCUGAAUGAUGAAAACAAUUUGAAAACUACAUGGAUUGGUUUAUUGAAAAUGAUUCAUAAUCUCAAGGUAACAACAAUUUUAAACAAUCGAGACGAAAUCGAGCGGUGUGAAAAGUUAAUCAAUUUUCUGUAUUACGUCUCCGGUAAACUUAAAACCAAACCAUUUUAUUUUCAAAUGCUUAAAAAAGCAUUGAAAAUGCCUGCUGCAUUAAUGACUAUUGUCACAUGUCCUCCAUUCAUCGAAUAUUCCGAUAUUGAAGAAAUUUCAGUUAUAAGAAAGCGAAUCAAUCUACCGAGUGAUUAUACUUCAGAUAUACGAAAUCGAAUAAUAGCAGAAAUCGAACAUUCUUGGCAGAAUAAUUGUUAUUAUGAAGACAAAAGUAAACUGACAACUUCUAGUGAAAGGCUUCAGGUUAAUAAGUUAUUAACGUCUUGGGGAAAUAAUAGAAAACUUCGUUCUUUCCUAGAGUCUAUUCAAAAUCUUCUUUGUUCGGCUCCAAUAGAACAGUUCUGUACUAAUAUAUUAUACAAUCCUCAGAAGUUCGCAGGUGAAUCAGUUGAAGAACACUAUCAACUACAAGUCAAAUGGACAAACAAAUUAAUCGAUAAAAAGCUGUUAGAAAGUGCUUUUAGAAAAUUUUACUUUCCUAAUACAGGUCAUUUCAAUAAGUCUAAAAUCUCUUCUCAAACUGCUAAUAAAAGAGUUACGUUUCCAAAUCAUAUUUUCCCUUCUGUCAAUCAUAAAGAGACUACUUUGAGUGAAAUUGGCAAUUAUUUUGAAAAUCAGUUAAAUAAAAGUUGGAAAAAGUUUUUAUUGGAUGAACCAUCUCGAAAAGAAGAUCCUUCGAUCGAAGAAAUUAAAGAACGUCUUAACUGCUUGCAGAAAGAAUCCACACAAAGCUGGAAUGCAUUGAUAGAAUCUAUUACAGCAUCUAAUGAACAAUUAUUCGAAAUAGGUUUGCUCUCACGAAUCACUCCGACAAACCUCAUCACUCUGUUACAACAAAAUAUAGAAAAAUGUCCUUUGAAUAAUGAUCAAAUUACAUUACUAGGCGGUACUCUAGUCUGUUGGACACUAGAGCUACAGUUAGAAAGAGCGUUGCACUAUGCGAUUCAUGAUAAAUUGGCAGAUUUUGUAAAAGAAAUAUCAAAUAUACCACAUUCAAAUUGGAAACCAUUUGAACAUGUUUUUUGGCUAAUCUUAGAACUGGAAAUGAACAUAACCAUUCGAGAAAUUCAAAUAGAUGUGGCACGUCAUAUGAUGCAAACAGGUAUGGCAACAAAUCAGACUACAGUAAAAAAUCUGGUAAUGCAAAUGAAUAUGGGAGAAGGCAAAACGUCUGUCAUUUUACCAAUGUUAGCUGCUAGUUUAGCUUUAUCUGAUUCCAGUUUAGUUCGUAUAGUAGUUCUUAAAUCUUUAUUCCCAACAAAUUAUCAAUCAUUACGAUGUAGAUUCCCUAGGGAAAAUCUUUGA